CCCGGGCGUGAGAACGUUGGGAGCCGGGACUCUCUUCUCCCACGGCCGGGGCGCUGAGGCCUCAGGGAGCCGGGGCCGCUGAGGGCCGCCCGGAACUCAGAACCCGUGGGGACUGAGGCCGCACCCGGCGUCGCCGCAGCUUCGUCCUGCAGAGCUGCGCUGGCGGACAGAGUCACUCCUCUUUCUGUUCUGACUUUCCACUGCCUCUGGAUGCCCCAGUCACAGUGCCCCUGAUCCCAUAGUAGUUUCUGUCCGUCCGUCCCUGUACGAAGAACAGCCCCUGGGAGGCGAUCACCAUGUUCUGUGCGAAGCUGAAGGACCUGCAUAUCACAGGGGACUGCCCCUUCUCCCUCCUGGCCCCGGGGCAGGUCCCUCAAGAGCCAGCGGAGGAGGUAGCAGGGAGCUCCCAGACCACAGCCCUGCCUCUGGGUCAGAGUGUCCCGGAGAAGAACCCACGAGGACGUCUUCCUCAGAGGAAGACCAGCCGCAGCCGGGUCUAUCUUCACACUUUGGCAGAGAGUAUUUGCAAACUGAUUUUCCCAGAGUUUGAGCGGCUGAACCUUGCCCUUCAGAGAACACUGGCGAAACACAAAAUAAAGGAAAGCAGGAAAUCUUUGGAAAGAGAAGACUUUGAAAAAAUAAUUGCAGAGCAAGCAACUGCAGCAGGAGUUCCAGUGGAGAUCAUCAAAGAAUCUCUUGGUGAAGAGCUUUUUAAAAUAUGUUAUGAGGAAGAUGAAUACAUCCUCGGUGUGGUUGGAGGAACCCUCAAAGAUUUUUUAAAUAGCUUUGGCACCCUUCUGAAGCAGAGCAGUCACUGCCAAGAAGCAGAAAAGAAGGGCCAGUUCGAGGAUGCGUCCAUCCUCUGCCUGGAUAAAGAUCACGACUUCUUAAAUGUUUAUUAUUUCUUCCCUAAGAAAAUCACUUCCCUGAUUCUGCCGGGCAUCAUUAAGGCAGCUGCUCACAUACUGUACGAAACUGAAGUGGAGGUGUCCUCCAUGCCCCCCUGCUUCCAUCACGACUGCAGCGAGUUUGUGAAUCAGCCCUGUCUGCUAUACUCUGUUCACAUCAAAAGCACCAGACCGUCCCCAUCCCCCGGGGGGGCCCAGUCUUCGCUGGUGAUCCCUGCCUCGCUCUUCUGUAAGACGUUCCCCUUCCAUUUCAUGUUUGACAAAGACAUGACAAUCCUGCAGUUCGGCAAUGGCAUCCGAAGACUCAUGAACAGGAGAGACUUUCAAGGAAAGCCUAACUUUGAAGAGUACUUCGAGAUCCUGACUCCAAAAAUCAGCCAGACCUUUAGCGGAAUCAUGACCAUGUUGAACAUGCAGUUUGUUGUUCGGGUGAGGAGAUGGGACAACUCUGUGAAGAAAUCAUCAAGGGUGAUGGACCUCAAAGGCCAGAUGAUCUACAUCAUUGAAUCCAGCGCGAUCUUGUUCUUGGGGUCGCCCUGUGUGGACAGACUGGAAGACUUCACGGGCCGAGGGCUCUACCUCUCUGACAUCCCCAUCCACAACGCGCUGAGGGAUGUGGUUCUGAUUGGAGAGCAGGCCAGGGCUCAGGACGGCCUGAAGAAGAGGCUUGGCAAGCUGAAGGCCACACUGGAGCAGGCCCACCAAGCGCUGGAGGAGGAGAAGAAGAAGACAGUGGACCUGCUGUGCUCCAUCUUCCCCAGCGAGGUGGCCCAGCAGCUGUGGCAGGGCCAGGUCGUGCAGGCCAAGAAGUUCAGGAAUGUCACCAUGCUCUUCUCAGACAUCGUGGGUUUCACGGCCAUCUGCUCCCAGUGCUCGCCGCUGCAGGUCAUCACCAUGCUCAACGCACUCUACACCCGCUUUGACCGGCAGUGUGGGGAGCUGGACGUCUACAAGGUGGAGACCAUCGGUGAUGCAUACUGUGUGGCCGGGGGCUUACACAAAGAGAGUGACACCCACGCGUUUCAAAUCGCACUGAUGGCCCUGAAGAUGAUGGAGCUCUCAGAUGAAGUCAUGUCCCCCCACGGAGAACCCAUCAAGAUGAGAAUUGGACUGCAUUCCGGGUCUGUUUUUGCUGGAGUUGUUGGAGUUAAAAUGCCCCGUUAUUGCCUUUUUGGAAACAAUGUCACCCUGGCUAACAAAUUUGAGUCCUGCAGUGUACCACGGAAAAUCAACGUCAGCCCGACCACAUACAGAUUGCUCAAAGACUGUCCUGGUUUUGUGUUUACACCUCGAUCAAGGGAGGAACUCCCACCAAACUUUCCUAGUGACAUUCCUGGAAUCUGUCACUUUCUGGAAGCUUAUCAGCAAGGAACAACUUCAAAACCGUGGUUCCAAAAGAAAGAUGUGGAAGAAGGCAAUGCCAAUUUUCUAGGCAAGGCAUCGGGAAUAGAUUAGCAAAAUGUAUACCCGGUUGUAAGUCUUCGGGGUUUGACUCCUUGGAGUGUAUGUGAACCUCUGAAAACAUAUUGGGAUUGCAGAGGGCUGAAGAAUAGUUUUAACAUUUCAGGAACAACAUAGUGAUCUACUUUUUCUUCCACUUAACAUGACAAAAAAAUGUAUUCACUUCAGUACUUCAACUCUUCAGUGGAAAAAAAACAACAACAAAGGAAGAAACCUCAAAAAGUGACUUUGGGAGAAUAGCUCUGUUACAUAACACUUAUUUCCUGUACUCAAAACUCAGCACAUUGUACAUAUGUCAGGUAAUUGUAGUACCUGGUGGAGUUGCCUGCAGUCUCCUGCCAUGGAAGAAUGCCUUGGUUUCGUGCUUGUGUUAGUGUUGCCUUAAAAAAGCUCUUCCAAUAGAAAUGAUAGUCUUUGAUACCUGAAGCUCCUUGAACCUUUCAACUCUGCAUUUUAUUACAUUUCCUCAUUUAACUGUUAGCAUGUAUAACAAAGUAGAUUAAGUUCUUUUUUCUGUUGCGUCUUUUUUUUUCUUUUUUGAGAAAAUAAGCCAUUAUGGGUUAGAUGCAAUAUCAAUCUAAAGUAGUUCUUCUGUAAAUAUCAAGGAUUAUUUUAUAAAAAUAUUCUCCACAUGUGUCAUAAUAAUAAAUAUGUCCUUUUUUGACAUUUUAAAAAUUCUACACAUGGUAAAGGCUAUUUUAAUUCAUAGGAGCAAUUUCAUUUCUAUUAAUUCAUUUUUGUGUCAUAAUCUUCAAGAUAAAAGAGGCUUACAGUCUGUAUUAAAAUGCAAUAUAAUUUAACCAGAAACUACAUGGAGGAAAGGAAGCAUUCAGGGAACACACCAUGAAGUACAAAAGUAAAACAUUGACACAUACAUAUACACACACAUGCGGGAGUAAUUUGGACUUAUUUCAGCAGAUAUCCUGCAUUGCUAUGCUGAGCCAUAGAAAGUUCCAGUAAGCAUGAUAAUGUGAGGAAAAGGAAUAUGUACAUGUAUGUGUAACUUGGUCACCAUGCUGUAUAUUAGAAAAAAAAAUGUAUUGGAGAAAUAACAAUUGAUUACAAUUAAGACUACUUGAUAAGAAAAAAUAAAAAUUAAAAAAAAUUAAAAAAAGAAAAUCUAAGUUCAUAAUUGACAGAUAAGACUUGUUCAUUAAGCAGAUAGCUUAUUCUUAAGUGUGUUAAACACUGGUGUGUAUAUAUGUCCUAAGAAUCAUCAAGUUUUUUGUCUUAAAUACACAUCUGCAAAUUUUUAAAUUCUAGUUGAAAUAACUCUAUGAUUUUUUUAAAAGGAGAGGUUAGUAUUGAUGAAGAAAAUGAUGCUGUGAUUUCAUUAUGGAAAUUUUGAAACAUUUUGCUAAGCUUGAACUUUUUAAAAUGAUGUUAGUCUUAAGAUCCCUGGUAAACCAAAUAAUAUCAGGUAAGGAUCUGAUAUUAAAAAGAACUCAAUUUCAAAGCAAGAGAAAGAUGAACAUUAUAUUUUUAACAUGAUAUAUUAAAAUAUACAUAUAUACUGUGUUGUUAGUAUUUGGGAUUUGACUCCUUGGAGCACAUUGGGAUUGCAGAGGACUGAAGAACAGGAGGGCUAUAGAUAUGUUGAACACUUCUGAGAAGCAACUCAGUUUAAAAUUUUUUAAUUAUCUCUUUUAGACCCCAGGCUAGUCCAUGGUGACCUCAGGAAUAAAAAGUCAUUACUGAUUGGACUCUAGUAUCUCUGGUGUACUACUGUAAAUAUUACCAUAGCUACCAUUAACUAAAUGAUACACCAAUGUCUUGAAGUACUGAAUGUAUCUCAUUAAAUACUAAUGCUAUUGUUGGAGAGUACUGUAGGCCUUGGGAAAAUAUAGUUACAGUCUCACAGUUAUGUGAAGUUAAUAAAAGUAUUUAAAAGAAGGAUAAAGACUUAAAUACAUUUUUCUUUCUGGAAAUGAACCCUUAUUACAGGGAAAAUAUUAGGAAUUAAGGGCAAUUUAAAAAGCAUAUAAUAAAAUGUGUUAUUUGUCACAUGUUUAAACAGACCCAAAUUUGGUAAUAACUAAAUGUUACAAAAGUUCUAAAUUAAUUAUAAUGCAAAAAAAUAUUAUCUUUGCCUGUGUCUAUAUAAACACACACACACAAAACCAAUGGAGGGAAAUGGGAACAGAUUACAUGGGGAUUCCUCAUACUCGUCCUGCAAUCUUUCUAUAAGUUUGACAUUUUAUCUAAAUAAAAAGUUACCCCAAAAUGUAUUUUCCUGAAGACAUUCAAUCAUGUGUGAUAGAUUCCCCAGGCUAGGCUGUGAAGGCUCAUUAACUGUGGAAUACUGCUUAGACCUCAAGCAAGAUGAACAUUCCAUGAUGGAAUGCACUCAGAAUGCACAACUGGGAUGCUAAAAGCUUUAAGGAAUCCCUUUUCUAUCUCUGUCUUAUACACUUUGGAGGGUGAAAAUGACACUGACAUAUUCAGGUCCAGACCACUGAAGGUAGCUGGGGACAGAGAGCCUGGGGGUAAGUUCACAAGGUCAGUGAAGGACCAAUACAGGAGCUUGAGGUUGGCAGUGGAACUGAGGAUGGAGAAAAGAUCAGACAGAGAAGGUCUGUUGCAGAGUUUGGGGCCAGGACUUCUGAAUAUUAUUUCUAGUUUAACUGUCCUAAAAUAUAAUAUGGGAUCCCAAGACUGCUUCCCUAUCAGCCUGUCUCUCCCAAGAAUUCCAGGAGCUGCUCUCCUCUUCUGGUUAUUUUGUUUCCAAUGCUUCUUGUUCAAUUAUUUUUGUGUCUAGUACACAAAAUAAAUUCACUUGUCAUAUACACUUCUGAAGCAAGGAUAGACUUCCAUCAACAUCUAAAGAUAUUUGCAUCAGGAAGCAAAGAGAAAUGUAUGGAGUUCAAAUGUCUCUUCCCAUUUUGCCUUAUCUUUCUAUUUCCUACUGGACUUUGUAAGAAAAUGCAGUUUGAACCUAGAACCAAAGAGAUUCAUUUAUGUAUUUUCAUUUAUUUAUUUACGGUUUUUUGAAUGACUACUGUAUGCUAGGAAGAAUGCUGUUUUGGGAAUUCAAAGCAUGGCCCGUUCUAUCAAGAAAGAAAAUUGAAAGGUAAACAUAAAAGUAAUUGCAAAAUGCUGUGGGACCACAAAGUAGGAGACUUGGUCCCUGCAGAAGUGCCUGGUUCUUAGAGGAGCUCAUCAGGCUAAGGGGGAAAGACAUGGUCCAAACAAACACAAGUGCACACAGGGAAGUGGAGCCUGGGCAUGCAGAGUGUUAUGAACAGCAGAUGCCUGGCGUGAGUUGGGGAUGAAAAGAAUAAGGACAGAAAGAUCAUUUGUCAGCGUGUGACUACCAUUAUUACUAAUCCUCAUUUUUCUUAUUAUUCAUUUCCAUGGAGCCCUUUGUUCAAAAUGCCUUAAAAAGGAAAAAAAGAAGCAGAAUAAGCAGACCAUUGGCUUCUGCCUCCUUUCCCCACAGUUUUAAAACUGCUCGGGAGGAGCUCCCACCCUGGUGCAGUGGGAUCAACAGCAUCUCUGCAGCUCCAGGACACAGAUUCAAUCUCUGGCCCAGCACAGUGGGUCAAAGGAUGUAGGUCAUAACUGCAGCUGGGAUCUGAUCCCUGGCCAGGAGACUUUCAUAUACAGCAGAGUAGGCAAAAAAGAAAAAAAAAAAAAAACUGCCCAGUAAAGGAGACGUCAAGUGCUAAA